UGGCGGGUGACUCUAAGGGUUAUAUCCUCAACAGUAUGACAGUUACCUUAUCGUGAUUGAUGAUUUGUGGACAACGCAAGCAUGGGACAUUAUUAAAUCUUUGUUUGUGGAGAAUAAUCUCAGCAGUAGAGUCAUAACAACUACACGUAUUGAAGGUGUAGCUCAGGCAUGUUCUUCUUCUUUUUGUGGCCAAAUUUACAAGAUCAAACCUCUUGAUGAUCUCUACUCAAGGAGAUUAUUUCAUAGAAGAAUUUUUGGCUCUGAAGAUGCUUGUCCUGAGCAACUAAAGAAUACUUCUGAUGAAAUCUUAAAGAAAUGUGGAGGGUGGCCAUUAGCCAUAAAUAGUGUAGCCAGCAUCUUGGCUACUCAUGAAGAGGUAGACUCAAUGGAAAUCUGGCAGAAGAUGAAAAAUUAUCUAGGUUUGAAAUUGGAAGGAGGCCCUGGUUUAGAACUGAUGAGACAUGUGCUCAAUCUUGGGUUCAAUGACUUGUUUCUGGACCUUAAGACAUGUCUGCUAUAUCUUGGUAUUUUCCCAGAAAAUUCUAAAAUUAUGAAGGAUGAUUUGCUGAAGAGAUGGACAGCGGAGGGUUUCGUUACUGGAAAGAAUGGUUGUGACCCAUAUGUGAUUGCAGAAAGUUUCUUUGGUGAGCUGAUUAAUAAAAACAUGAUCCAAAUAGCUGAGUUUGAUGACUGCGGACAUGUCCUUUCUUGUCAAGUGCAUGACAUAAUGCUUGAGUACAUUAUAUUGAAGUUAAGAGAAGAAAACUUUAUCACUAUAAUGAAUGAUCUGCAUAGCACAAAAGGCUACUGGCCAGUUCGUCGGCUACUCCUCCAAGUCAAAAAUCCAGAAUGCAAGCACGGGCUGGAAACAGUGGCUCUGACCCAAGCUAGGUCACUGAACUUUUGGGGUCCUGCUGAAUGUAUUCCUCCCCUUUCCAAUUUCCAACUUCUGCGAGUUCUGCAUCUCGAUGUUUCUGAAUUCAUGGCUAAGCAUUUCGAUCUGUCGUCCAUUGGCAACUUCUUUCAACUUAAAUAUUUGAGGAUCGUAGGCAUUUGGUAUAAGAAACUGCUGAAAGAACUGCGAAGAUUACAGAAUUUGCAGACACUUCAAAUUGUUCCUGAAGCAUAUGAUGACUACAGCCUAGAUAUCUGUGAGUUGCCCUUGACGCUGUUGCAUCUGGUUGUUCCUAAACAUACAAAGCUGCUCGGUGAUAUAGGCAAAUUGAGAUUUGUUCGCUCUUUAGCUACUUUGAAACUAGAUCUUGAGAACAUUAACAGUCUGGGUGAGCUGACCAAUCUUAUGGAGCUGGAGCUAUGUCUUCCAUUUCCAUAUCACAAUGACACGGCCCAAAUGGACACAUAUUAUAGUUCUUUACUGUCCUCCCUGUGCAAGCUCGGCAUCUGCAAGCUUGAAUCUCUAAUCAUCGGUGACUUCAUACCCCGUGUUGAUGUCGUAACUAAUUGGUCCCAACCGCCGCGUCAUCUCCGAAGACUCCACCUGCCUUAGUGCCCUUUCUCUGAAGUCCCAGAUUGGCUUGCGCAGCUGUACCAGCUUGCCAGCUUAGAGCUAGAAGUUAUGUCGCUCUCAAGAGAUGGUGCCGAGGUUCUUGCCAGGCUGCCGGUCCUGGUGCACCUGAAGCUCAUAGUAGUAGAUCAUGUCCCAGAAGAAGGUAUCAUUAUCCGCCGCUCAGAGUUUCCAAAUCUCAAGACGUUUACUUUCAGCCAUAGGGUGUUGUGCCUCACUUUCGAGGCAGGGGGCAUGCCUAGGCUUCAGAGCCUCUAUAUACAGUGUGACCGUAAAACAAAUUGGAGCAGCAAAAUGAUGAUCUACUUGUCGGCAUCGAGCACCUGGGAAGCCUCAUGGUAUUCAAGGUGACAUUUCGAUCUAGGGUUCGCCGCACUUCUUUUAAACCUAAACCAGUGAAUGAAAGAUUCGAAGCACUCAGGGCUGCGAUCAUGAAAGCUAUCAAGAAGCAUCCUGGAAGUCUGGAUAUUUGCAUUAUUAUUUAAAAAGCAUAAUGCAAUCACAUGGAGAUGGGAGAGGAAAGUGCAUUGCCAAAAAGGUACGAUAAAAACUCUCAUACUCAUCUACUUUGUUUCUUUUCUUUCUGUUACCUGAAAGCUAAACAUGUUGCUUACGCAAAUUGCUCUUGGAAUUUUGCAAGAUGCUAACUCUUAGUUCUGGCUGGUUUAAUACUCAAUUUCCACUCGUCUGACGACGAACUCUUAUUAACUGAUUAGUGUGGGUUCAUAUUAUAGUUUCCAGGGGGCGAAGAAAUCCGAAUAACGUCCGCCCGAGGUGCUAUACAUGGAGUACGGGGAGUGCGGCUGGGCUUUACUGGUCUGCCUUCAAAUUUAAUAUUUCUGGAUGAAGCGGUUCCUGUUUACUAGUAGAGUAAAAUGUACUAUUGGUCAUUAAACUUAUCAUAUACGCACACUUUGAUCACUGUACUUAAGAAUACAA